CGGCGAGAGGAUGUGCUGUGCCGGUUGCGGCGUGUCGCGGCGUGCGCGACCCAUCGCGAGUGACCGCUAGAAAGUGCGCCUUCAUUUCCUUGCGAAUGCUGCCUUGCGCCAUUAUCCGUUAGCGUGCGCAACUUUGCGCCUUCAUUCAUCUCUCUAUGCAACGCGAGUUACCUCGCACCUUCAUUUGUUUGCAUAUGCAACGGGGGUAACCUUGCUCAGCCCCGGCGCCUUCAUUCACCUGUGUAUGCAACGUGUGUAACAUUGCUCCUUCACCCGUCUUCAGAUGCAACGCGAGUAAUCUCGUGCCUUCAUCCGUUCGCUUAUGCAACCAAGAUAAUCUCGCUCGACCCUAGCGCCUUCAUUCACCUGUGUAUGCAACGCGUGUAACUUUUGCGCCUUUGAUAGUCUGUGUAUGCAACGUGGAUAUUGGGUUCAUUGAUAACACGUGUAACAGUGCAGCUUGAACAUGCAACGUGAUUAACCUCGCGCCUUCGCCCGACUGCGUAUGCAACGUGUUUAACUUUGCGCCUUCACUUGUCAGCAUAUACCUUGCGAGUAAGCUCGCGCCUUCAUCCGACUGCGUAUGCAGUGUGUGUAUCCUUGCGCCUUCAUUCGGCUGCGUAUGCAACGCGGGUAACCUUGCUCGGUCCCGGCCCGAUGAGGGUUCCGGCUCUGUUGACCCUCGUCGCCUGUGCCUUGUGCUCCGUGUCGGCCAGUGAGUUCCCCGACCGGGAGUGCUGUGACCCGGUCUUCCCGCUGGCUGCCCUCUCGGCCUCCGUCACCCCGGAUACCGCCGCCGCAGCAACUCCAGGAACGUCCGAGAACGAAGUGACGAACAAGAUCAAAACUUUCAACUGCCUGCUGGCUCGGCAGAUGUGUUUUGACGACCCCUCGUGUGCCCCGAUCCUCGAAACAGUUCCUCGAGUUUGCGGCGCUGAAAGUGUUUCUUGCUCGACGGCGACGGUGACCAAGUGCCAGGCUGCGCUGCGCAUUCUCCAAGCGUUCCCGUUCUUCAAGCCGACCUGCCUCUGCCGCGAGCCGCAAGUCGACCAAGAGUGCAACUCCUUCCGCAACUUCCUCUUCGAUCACCCCUGCAUGUUCGUCUCCAAGAAAGAAAAAGACCCGUUCCCAGUUGACACGCUACCGACGUGCAAUCACGCUUUGGACAUUUGUUUGACACAACGCGAGUGUUCGGAGAUGUACGAGGACUUCCGAAGUAGCUGUAAGGUCAAAAAUGGUGAAUGCGCUCUUGAAAACAGGAGCUCCUGCCAAGUUGCUUGGCGGGAAAUUCACUUUUCUCCUAUGUUUGGCUGCAUAUGCCCGCCGAUUCCCCUGAAAAGGAAGUGCGAUCGCAUAUUCAGUCUGGUAAAUCAAAACCCGUGCAUAGUGAAGGAGCCGGCGCGAGGCUGGGGCUGGCACUGGUUCCGGGCGAACCCGUGGCUCGUGGCGGCGCGCCCGGGCCCCCGCUUCCGACUCAACGUCACCGACACCCUCGUCUACCCGACCUCCCUCUUCGAGGACCCCCGCGACUACUACGGCCUCACCCAGCGGAGUGGAACCCCCGGCGGCAACCACGGCGCCCACUACCCCGCCCGCACGCAGCCGCACCCCCACACACCAAGCUCCGGGAUCAAGGCCGAGGAGGCCGAGGCGAUGAACUUCCAAAGCACCUGCGCCGAGGCCCUGGAGAUGUGCACCGGAGACCCGGACUGCCAGCGGUCCCUGAACCCGGUCCUCCAGCACUGCGACAUGAACCGUUGCCACCGACACCAGUGCAUGAAGUCGCUCCAGAACUUCUACCGCUCCAACGACCUCAAGUGGAGCGUCGAGAUAGCCUUCUGCCUCUGCAAAAAAACCUCGGACUCGCAAGACUCUUGUCUAGCAGCGCAGAAAACACUCCAUCCAGUUUGCGCACAACAGGACGAAUCUGCAACCAUUCCAACGUGCCACUCAUUAGCUGAAAAAUGUAAAGCAGAUCAAAAUUGUAGGUUAAGGUUAGAACAAUUUGAACAAGCGUGUGCGGUGGAUAGUGUGACAAAAGAAUGCACGGGUCCUCCAUCGGAAUGCCGAAUAGCCAUGCUGGGAAUUUUAGGCACUGUGUUGAGGUCCAAUUGCGCUUGCAAUGGCACGGAUUUCUCGCAACUUUACGAGUGUAUGGGCUGGCAGAGAGUCCUCUGGUUCAACCCCUGCGUUGUGCAAGCCCAACGGGAGUUCCACGCGGCGAAGCUGCGCGGCGACGCCAUCCAGGAGCUGAGUCCGACGACGCGAGGCGCCCGCGGCGACGCGACGACACAGACGACGACGACGCCCACGCCGGCGGCGGUGCCCACGACGCCCACGACGACGGCGAGCCCGUCGACGGCGCCCGCGGCGCCCACCACCGCACGAGCGCCUCCCAGCGAGGCGCCCACCACCCGGCUCACCACGGCGGCGCCCACGACAACGACGCCCACGACGACGACCUCGACGACGACGACGCAGCGACCCACGAGCGCGUCGACCGAGUCCGAGCUCGAGAACAUGAUCCUCGUCACCACGACGCCCACUGAGGCGCCUACUGAGGCGCCCACUGAGCCCACCUCCACCGCCUCCACACUACCGCCUCGAUAUUGCGUUGUUCAAAGACCUCCACAGAAGGACCAGUACAUUCCAGAAGGAGAAGGCAAACGACUGUACAGAGACUCGGAGCCUGACUGUUCCGAGGUGUGUCAGUGCACGGACGGUGAGGUGUUGGUCUGCAACACGGUUUGCGUGCAGCGGACGCCGUGCAAGACGGACUUCGCUUUCUACAACCACGCGGCCCCGUCCUACCAGGCCUUCCGCGGCAGCUGUCUUUGCUAUUCCGGCCGCUUCAUCUGCAUGAGGCCUAUUCCUGAUGCGUAUAAGCUGAGUCCGGGCGUCUACAUAUUCUUGGGGUACAGCCAAGCCGACGAGGAACUACUCAAACCCAUCGUUGGGAUGGACAUUAGAGAUGCGGUUGCCGCGCUCCAGGCACAUCUUAAAUCAAUGAACCCCAACACGAAUUGCGUCCUGUCUAUCUUCAGCAUGGCGAUGGAGAAUGUGGUGCUGGUCGCCAAAAUUGUCGACUCGAAUUCCUCUUUGAUCCGGAGUCAAAACAAACAGCGACAAAAUUCUAAUCUCCUUCAGCAAGAGAAAAACGAGUGCGCGGAGCCGCUGAAAGACAUCAGCUCGAGGAUCAAUUCGCGUGACCCGAGUGUGCACUCGCACGUUUUGCUCUCCAUGUUCAAAAUCUCCGAGGUCGAAGUGAUGGUGCCCCCGAGCAGCCACGCCUCGCCCACUCUCAACUCCAAUCCUCAGCUCAAUCUAACCCUCGUCCUAAGUUUUCUAACUCUAUUCCUCUACUCCAACAGCAUAUCCUUCCGCAUCACGUGAUAGUGGAACCAGAGCCGCAGAGUCUGUUUUCAUGCUAUGUUUUCUCCGUUUUGAGGAUCAGUCCUACCUCCUAUCGUGUAUAUUCUAACAUCUGGACGUAUUCGUACGAAAUAAGCCGUGGUUUUUAGAAAAGGACCUAAGUGCAGAGGUCUGAUGAUCAGAGUUUUGCCACAUUUCUUUCGAUAAAAUGCGAAUUUGUUUGAAAACUUCCGGAUCUUUUUCUCUCAUUUUUUCAUAGAAUUUUAUUCGCAAUGUAAUCGACAGUAUCUGAAAAUUUCAAAGACGUUUAUUCAUGACCUCAUCAAAAAUAACAUUUUAUCGAAGGAAAUCCGGCAACGCUCGAAUGUUCAGACCGCAAGUUUUUCCUUCCUAUGGCAGUAUUGUACGGAGACUCCGCGGUUACAUUGGAAAAGCUCGGACUUUUAUAGAGUGCUGCAGAUGCACGGGCAACGUGUUGAGUUUUUAAUGAACGAAUAGAAAUUUGAUAAGAUCUGUAUUUACAGAUGCUAGUCUUGGUAUCAAAAUUGGUGAGAAGAUGAAUCACAGGGAAUUUCAUAGAGGAACUAAUCAGUGGUAAACCUUACAGUUAGCCGAUGAGAAGCAAAAUAAUUUUUGUAAACGACCAGAACAAAAAGGUAGACAACUCUAUCCGUGGAAUGAAAGAUCUCUGCGCCGGGUUAUGAAAUUCAUCUCCCCAAAAGUAUUCGUUGAUAACUAACAGCAAGAAAUCGCUCAGCCAAACUGUAGGGUUUGGAGUCGUAAUCUUUCUUCGCUAAAUUUGAUUAGGGAGUGAAUCUUGAGGCGUUAAAUUUUAAGUCUUAAUUUUAGCUCCUCCUUCAGAAAA